AUGUCUGGAAAAGUACACGGUGGAAAAGGUAAAUCUGGUGCGAAAAGUGGGUCGAAUAUACGCGCGACAACUCAUUCUGCGCGUGCAGGUCUGCAAUUUCCAGUGGGUAGAAUCAAGCGGUAUUUGAAACGGAAUGCUGCCGGAAGGUCAAGAGUUGGCUCUAAAGCUGCUAUUUAUUUGACCGCAGUGCUUGAAUAUUUGACUGCAGAAGUUUUGGAAUUGGCAGGGAACGCAGCAAAGGAUUUGAAAGUGAAAAGAAUAACGCCGCGUCAUUUGCAACUUGCCAUCCGUGGUGAUGACGAGUUGGACACGCUGAUUAGAGCCACUAUCGCGUCAGGAGGUGUGUUACCACAUAUCAACAAGGCCUUAUUGUUGAAAGUUGAAAAGAAGACGAAGGCGUGA